GCGACCACACCACAACCAACAAGGGUUUGCUGCCCGACAUUUAUGUUAACCUUAUGGUAAGGGUGGCAGAAAUGACGGUCGCGUACAAUCAUGGAAGAUAAACCUUGGGACAAUUUUCUCGCAUCAAAUGAGGCUAAUGUUAUAUGAGUUUAGAGGAGAGCCGCUACGUGUGUCUCCCAUACCGACCCCCUCCUCCUCCGCUGGCAAUUUAUAAAGAACAAAAAAUCAGACUAGGGAGGGGGUUGAUACGCCGAAGCUGAAAUCGAGAGGCGAACCCAGUUAAGGAGUAUUUUUUUUACACGGGACUUCCCCAAAAGGAGGGGGAAAAGUCACAAUUGUGGAAUCAAAAAGAAAAUUACGGUUCAAAAUACGUGAAAACGUCUCCCGUUGUGGAUUCCGUAUAUAUUUUUAAUUCGGAAAAAAUAUGGCCGAGAACGUUCUGGACUCUGGCCCGCCUUCAGCCAAGAGGCCUAAACUAUCCUCUCCGGCACUUUCUGCCUCCGCCAGCGAUGGAAACGAUUUCGGCUCGUUGUUCGACUUGGAGCACGACCUCCCCGACGAGCUCAUCAAUUCCUCAGAGUUGGGCCUGGUCAACGGAGGGGACCUCAGCCAGCUGCACACCAGUCUGGGGGGAGGAGGUGGGAUGGGCCUGGGCCCUGGAGGAGGGGGUGGCCAGGACGCGGUGGCCAAGCACAAGCAGCUCUCCGAGCUCCUUCGAUCAGGCGCUCCACAUGCCUCCACACAGCAGGGCCAGGGUGUGGUGGGCAGCCCAGGCGGGGCCAGCAUGGGCCACCUGGGGAACUUGAAGGUAUCCCCUGGGCCCCAGGGCAUGGGCCAGCAGCAACACCUCUCACCCCAGCAGCAGGCCAGCAUGAUGCAGCAGCAGGUUGGGAUGGUGGGCGCCAUGAACAGGGGCAUGAUUGGGGCCCAGAAGGGCAACGGACAGCAGCAGCAAGCCAUGAUGGGGGGGCCGGUGAUGAACGGAUCCCCCAGGAUGAGCUUCUCGAACCAGGGGAUGGGGGGGAACAGUAACAUGCUGGCUGAGACUCUGCAGCAGCAGGGGGCCGGGGGACAGGCUGGACUCAGAGUACAGCAACCUGGAGCACUGAACAAGAUGGGUAUGGUGGGUAACCCAGGCCCCUAUGGAGGCCCCUACGGUGAGCAGCAGGCAGGCCAGGGGCUGGGGGGAGCAGGGCUGGGCCCUCCGCUCCAGAACAAAGGCUCCAUGCCCAACAGUGUGGCCCAGUUCAGCAUGGACAAGAAGAGCCAGCCCAUGCAGGGCAUGGCUGCCAUGGCCACACAACAGUCUGCUGCAGGUGUGGGCGGUGGAGCCGGAGGCACUGCGGGGGUGGUCCCCAAUGCCCAGGGAGGCCUAGGGCCCGCUGUGUCUGCAGCAGCUGCAGCAGCUGGGGCGCCCCCUACGGCCGACCCCGAGAAGCGCAAGCUGAUCCAGCAGCAGCUGGUACUCCUGCUCCAUGCACACAAGUGCCAGCGGCGGGAGCAAGCCAACGGGGAGGUGCGCCAGUGCAACUUGCCACACUGCCGCACCAUGAAAAAUGUCCUCAACCACAUGACCCACUGCCAGGCCGGCAAGUCCUGCCAGGUGGCUCACUGUGCGUCAUCCAGACAGAUCAUCUCUCACUGGAAGAACUGUACGCGGCACGACUGUCCUGUCUGCCUGCCGCUCAAGAAUGCCGGGGACAAGAGGAACCAGCAGUCUCUGCUAGGAGGUGCUGGUGUAGGUCUGGGUAGCUCCCUGGGCUCGGUGCCCGGAGGCCAGCCCAGCGCCGCCAAUCUCAACCCCCCCAGCCAGAUCGACCCCAGCUCAAUUGAGAGGGCCUACGCCGCCCUGGGCCUCACUUACCAGGGCACCCAGAUCCAGAGCCAGCCCAACCAGGCUUCUCUGCCCUCACAGGGCCAGCCGGGCAUGAGGCCGCUCAACCCUAUGGGGGGUAACCCGAUGGGGGUGAAUGGAGGAAUGGGUGUUUCACCCCAGAACCAGCAGGCCAGCCUGCUGCAGGACACCAUGCUCCACCUCAACAUGAACUCCCAGGGUCUGAUGAAUGAUGCGGGUGGGACGGGUAACAUGGGCUCCAUGCCCAUGGCGACCCCACCCUCUGCAGCGGGUAUGAGGAAGAGUUGGCACGAGGACAUCACCCAGGACCUGAGGAACCACCUGGUGCACAAACUGGUGCAAGCCAUCUUCCCGACCCCGGACCCUGCUGCUCUGAAAGACCGGCGGAUGGAGAACCUGGUGGCGUACGCUAGGAAGGUGGAGGGGGACAUGUAUGAGUCUGCCAACAGCAGGGCGGAGUACUACCACCUGUUGGCUGAGAAGAUCUAUAAGAUCCAAAAGGAAUUGGAGGAGAAGAGGCGAACGCGGCUCCAAAAGCAGGAUGGUCCCCUCCCUGACCCCUCUUUGGUGCGGCCCGGUGGACCCAACCAGAUGGUGACUAGGAUGCAGAAUCCGGCAGGUAUGAACCAGUUCAACCAGAUGGGGAUGCAGUCUAUGGGCCAGAGGGCCACCCCUCCUCUCCCCCUCACACCCAUCAGCCAGAUGGGCAUGGGGAACCCCAGGAUGGGGCAGCCCAACGUGGGGCAGAACCAGUACCUUCCCCAGGGACAGUUCCCAGGCUCCGGCCCAGGACCAGGCCUCGGCACGGGGCAGCCCGGCAUGGCACAGCCUGGUAUGAACCAGCAAGGCAACCAGGGAGGCAUGGCACAGACUCCAAUGCCCAUUCCUUCCCCUCUCCCCGCCAACAGCCCUUUAGCCGGGCCCGGUUCGGUUGGAGGGGGUAGCGGUGUCCCCUCGGUGGGGCCCAUGGGUCCCCAGAGUGUGGGUGGAGGCCCCUCGUCCAACAACCCCCAGCAGCCCAACUCAAUAACCCACCUCUCGGCCAUGCGCCAGAGCUCGCCCUCCCCCGCCCGCAGCAUCACCCCCACACCCCACCAAACGCCACCCAGGCUAGCUGGCUCACAGACCCCCCAGCCCCACACCCCUAACCCGCCCCAGCUGGCCCCUCCAGGCCCCCAGCAGCAGCUAGGGCCCGGCAGCCAGGGGCCAAGCUCCAACAAGCCCGUGCAGCAGGGGAUGGGAGCAGGGGCCACCACCCCAUCUCACCCUGGUCACCCCUCCACAACCCCCAACCCCCAUGGAGGCCAGCUCCCUCGCACGCCUCGCACUCCGAUGUCCCAGAAGGGUGGCUUCCAGUCCCAGGACUGUCAGGCUCUGACCCCAGCGUCAGUCAGCAGUGUGGACACGGCCUCCCAGCAGGCCUCCCAGUCGGAUGCCUCGGCCUCCGUGGACCCCAAGGCGGAGGUCAAGCAGCAGCAGGACGAGGAGGACGACUGGGAGGAAGGCUGCUCCAAGGGGGGGAAGCUAUCCAACAUCAAGACGGAGAACAAACCCAUCAAAAUGGAGGGGGUGAAGAAAGAGGAGUGUGGAGGCCAAGGGGGCAAAGGUGUUCCCAUGGAAACAUCGUCAUCGUCGGGGGUUAAGAGUGAGGAAAGGGUGAAGAUGGAAGACCGGAAACCAGAGGUGAAGAAGGAGCCGAAAGAGGAGGAGAAGGGAUCAGAUUCCCCUGGUAUUUCGUCUGGUGCCCAGAACAAGAAGAAGAUCUUCAAGCCAGAGGAGCUGCGCCAGGCCCUGAUGCCUACCCUGGAGUCUCUGUAUCGCCAGGACCCAGAGUCUUUGCCCUUCAGACAGCCUGUGGACCCUCAUCUACUGGGCAUACCUGACUACUUUGACAUAGUGAAGACCCCCAUGGACCUGUCCACUAUAAAGCGUAAGCUGGACACUGGUCAGUACCAGGAACCCUGGCAGUACGUGGACGACAUCUGGGUCAUGUUGAACAACGCCUGGCUGUACAACCGCAAGACGUCCCGCGUCUACAAGUACUGCUCCAAGCUGGCUGAGGUGUUCGAGGCUGAGAUAGACCCCGUCAUGGUCAGCCUGGGCUACUGCUGUGGCAGGAAGUUGGAGUUUUCUCCCCAGACGUUGUGCUGCUAUGGGAAGCAGCUGUGCACUAUACCCCGGGACGCCGCCUACUUCAGCUACCAGAACAGUUCACCAAAAUUUGGGCUUCUUGCUGGCAGGUACCACUUCUGUGAGAAGUGCUUCAACGAAAUCCAGGGGGACAACGUGUCCCUGGGAGACGACCCCUCCCAGCCUCCGACUUCCAUCGGUAAAGAUCAGUUUGAGAAGAAGAAGAAUGACACACUGGACCCUGAAUUACUUGUGGAAUGUAUGGACUGCGGACGUAAGAUGCACCAGAUCUGUGUUCUGCACAACGACACUAUCUGGCCGUUAGGUUUUAAUUGUGAUGGCUGCUUAAAGAAGUUGAAUAAGACAAGGAGAGAGAAUAAGUAUGCUGCCAAAAGGUUGCCCCACACUAAGCUGGGCUGUUAUUUGGAAACUAGAGUGAAUGACUACCUGAAGCGUCAGAGCCACCCUGAGUCGGGUGACGUCACCAUCCGAGUGGUCCACGUCUCUGACAAGGUGGUAGAGGUCAAACCAGGCAUGAAGUCCAGGUUUGUGGACACUGGGGAGAUGUGUGAGUCAUUCCCAUACAGAACAAAAGCCCUGUUUGCGUUUGAGGACAUCGAUGGAGCUGACGUCUGCUUCUUCGGCAUGCAUGUACAGGAGUAUGGCUCGGACUGCCCUCCUCCCAAUCAGAGACGCGUGUACAUCUCGUACCUGGACAGUGUUCACUUCUUCCAGCCUCGUUCUCUGAGGACGGGCGUCUACCAUGAGAUUCUCAUUGGCUACCUGGAGUAUGUCAAGAAGCUGGGGUACACGACGGGUCACAUCUGGGCGUGCCCACCGAGUGAAGGGGACGACUACAUCUUCCACUGUCACCCUAUGGACCAGAAGAUCCCCAAGCCCAAGAGGCUUCAGGAGUGGUAUAGGAAGAUGCUGGACAAGGCUGUGGCGGAGCGCAUCGUUCAUGACUUCAAGGACAUAUUCAAGCAGGCCACGGAGGACCGUCUGACAAGUGCCAAGGAGCUGCCGUACUUUGAGGGGGACUUCUGGCCCAACGUGCUGGAGGAGAGCAUCAAGGAGCUGGAGCAGGAGGAGGAGGAGAGGAAGAGAGAGGAAAACAGCACUUCCAACGAGAGCAUAGAUGUAAGUGGGAUGGACAUUUACUACAAGGCCACAAAGGGCGACAGCAAAAACGCCAAAAAGAAGAACAACAAGAAGACUUCGAAGAAUAAGAGCAGUAUGAGCCGAGCAAAUAAGAAGAAGCCAGGCUUGCCCAACGUGUCCAAUGACCUCUCUCAGAAACUGUACGCCAGCAUGGAGAAGCACAAAGAGGUAUUCUUUGUGAUCCGUCUGAUAGCGGCGCCGAUGUCCAACACGCUGGGCCCCAUCACGGACCCCGACGGCCUGAUGGCCUGUGACCUGAUGGACGGGCGCGACGCCUUUCUCACCCUGGCCCGCGACAAACACCUAGAGUUCAGCUCGCUGCGCAGGUCCAAGUGGAGCUCCAUGUGCAUGCUGGUGGAGCUCCACAACCAGAGCCAGGACCGCUUCGUCUACACCUGCAACGAGUGCAAGGGCCAUGUGGAGACACGCUACCACUGCACUGUCUGCGAGGACUAUGACCUGUGCAUCACCUGCUACAACUCUAAGGGGCACAUUCACAAGAUGGAGAAGCUGGGUCUGGGCCUGGAUGACGAGAGCAACAACUCGGCCGCUUCGUCCAUCGCCAACCCUGGAGACUCGCGCCGCCUCAGCAUCCAGCGCUGCAUCCAGUCUCUGGUCCACGCCUGCCAGUGUCGCAACGCCAACUGCAGCCUGCCGUCCUGCCAGAAGAUGAAGCGUGUGGUGCAGCAUACAAAAGGUUGCAAGCGCAAGACCAACGGCGGCUGCCCCAUCUGCAAGCAGCUCAUCGCCCUGUGCUGCUACCACGCCAAGCACUGCCAGGAGAACAAGUGUCCCGUACCGUUCUGUCUGAACAUCAAGCACAAGCUGAGGCAGCAGCAGCUCCAGCACCGUCUCCAGCAGGCCCAGAUGCUGAGGAGGAGGAUGGCCAGCAUGCAGAGGGUGGGUCAGCCACCUCCGGGACCGGGGGGCAACGGUGGGCUACCGUCCCCAGGAAACAACGGCACCACAGGGCCCAGUACCCCCAUGUCCGUGGGCACGCAGCCCCCCACACCUCAGACCCCCACCCAGGGGAACAUGCCCCUCGGACCCCAGCAGGGGAUGGGUCAGGGCCCUCCAGGGCAACAGCAGCAGUUACAGCAGCAGGGCGGCAUUCCCCAGCAGCACCACAUGCACCACCAGUUCCAGCAGCAGAUGCAGCAGCAGCAUAGUGGAGGGGUAAUGAUGAACUCUCCUCAGCAGCAACAGAUGGUCCAACAACAGCUCCAACAGCAGCAGCAGCAGCAGCAGCAGGGCCAGUCUCCAAAUGUCCAGCAGAUGAAGCACCCAGGAGGUCUUCCCCCUUACACCCCCAGACCUCCAGGUGCCUCGCCCCUCCACCAGUCCCUGGGUAAACCCGGUCUGGGCCCAGCCACCCCUCCACAGCAGCAGGCAAACCCCGGCCAGGGCUCCAUGCCCCAGGGGCAGCAGCAGCAACAGGGGCCUCCUCAGGCAGCAGUGGAGAUAGCGUUGAAGAUUCAGCGUGUGGCAGAGACACAGCGUCAGAUGGCCCAGGCUCAAGCCCAGAUCCUCCAAAGGCAGCAGGCAGCCCAAGGUGGAGGCAUGAUGCCCCCUCACCCGCACCACCAGAACCCCCAGGCCCAGAUGCAAGGCAUGGCCCACCCAGGAGCAGGCAUGGCAGGGCCCCAGGGGAUGGCUCCCCAGGGCCAGGGUGUGGCAGGGAGGACUCAUAUGGAGCAGCAGGGGAUGGUGGUGGGGCAAGGAGGCAUGCAGCAGCAAGGAGGCAUGCAGCAGCAAGGAGGCAUGCAGCAGCAAGGAGGCAUGCAGCAGCAAGGAGGCAUGCAGCAGCAAGGAGGCAUGCAGCAGCAAGGAGGCAUGCAGCAGCAAGGAGGCAUGCAGCAGCAAGGAGGCAUGCAGCAGCAAGGAGGCAUGCAGCAGCAAGGCGGCCCCCAGUCGCAGCUCUCUCCCCAGGUUCAGCUCCAGCAGCAGGCCCAACUCCAGAAUCCCAACCAACAGCAGUGGGGUGGCUCGGGUGGGAUGGCACCCCAGCAGAGGCAAGGCAUGAUGGGACAGAUGGGUCACCUGACACCGCAGCAACAACAACAGCUCGCCCAGCAACAGCAGCAGCGGCAGCUCGUCCAGCAACAACAGCAGCAAGGUCAGCAGCAACAGCAGGCAGGGCAAGGGGGGUUAAUGGGGCUGAUGGGAGGUCCAGGGGGCGUGGCUGGGGCGGCAGCGGCGAUGGUGGGAACAGGGAACCUCCCCCAGGCAGCUCUACAGGACCUCCUGCGUACCCUCCGUUCCCCCAGCUCCCCCGGCCAGCAUCAACAGGUCCUCAACAUCCUCCGCUCCAACCCCCUCCUCAUGGCUGCCUUCAUCAAGCAGCGAGCUGCCCGAUACCAGGGAGGUCCAGGGGUGCCGGGGGCCCCAGGAGGAGGGGGGCCCGGAGGCGUGCGGUUCCAGGGGGCCCCUAGUGGGGCAGGAAUGGGCCCUGGGGGUAACCAGGUGGUCAUGGAUGGUCAGCAGGUGAACGUAAACCCCGGAGUAUCCCAGCCAGGGAUGAACAUGGGCCAGGCAGGUGGAGGAGUAAAUAUGUCCACUAUGGCUCAGCUACAGCAGUUACCACAACAACAGCAGCAGCAGCAGCAACAGCAGCAGCAGCGCCCCCUCCUGCCUGGGAGUCUGCAGCAACAGCAGCAAAUGGCAGCACUACAACAACAAGGCGGUAUGCCAGGCCAAGGCACCCCCAUGUCCAACAUGACUCCCCAGUUCAGAGAGAUUCUGAUGAGAAGGCAGCUCCAACAACAGCAGCAGCAGCAGCAACAACAACAGAUGAGUAACAAUGGUCAGUUCCAGCAGCCCCAGCCCCCCCAACAGCAGCAGGGUCAGGGCCAGCAGGGUCAGGGCCAGCAGGGCUUCAUGCAUCAGGGCCAGCCUGGUCAACCUGGCCAAACCCAGUCUGGUGGAGGGGGAGGGCUGCAGCAGGGUGGGGGAGGCCCCCAGGGGCCCCAGCCGGGUCCAGGGCAGGGCCAACAAGGACAGGGCUACCCUGGAACGAUGUCCCAGCAGGUAGCCACAGCCCUGCAACAGAGGCUACAGCUCCAGAUGCAACAGCAGCAGCAGCAGCAACAACAGCAACAACAACAGCAGCAGGAUGGGGGUGGGGGGCCUGGGCAGCUCCAACAGGGGCAGCAGGGUCCCCAGCAAGGCCAAGGUGGUCAGCCCCAGUCUUCCCAUGCCAUGCUCCAGCAGGCCCUCCACCAGAGACUACUCCAGCAGCAGCACCUAGGAGGGGGCUCGCCUGCCCAGCACGGCAGUCCUAUGAGCCCCCAGCAGCAGAUGGCCCAGUCCCCCCACCUCCAGGGCCAGGCUCUGGGCGGUCAGUCCCUCAGUAACCAGGUGCGUUCCCCUCAGCCCUCCCCUCGGCCACAGUCCCAGCCGCCCCACUCCAGCCCCUCGCCACGCAUGCAGCCCCAGCCCUCCCCUCACCGCAUCUCCCCCCAGACCCAGACAGGCUCUCCGCACCCGGGUCAUCUCUCCCAGCACCACCCUGGCAUGGUGGCCCCCCAAAACCCACAACAAUUGUCACAGCAACAACAGCAGCAGGCUAACACUGGGGACCCGGGUACGUUUGGUUCGGACCCGAGUGCUAUGAUGUCCCAGAUAAGUGGGAUGGGAGGCUUGCAUGGCCCAGGGCAGUCAGACAUGUUGGGUAAUAACCACCAGGACCUGGGGACAAACAUUAACCACAACAGUUUAGACAUUAUGUAGCCCUCUACUACUACGUCUGUCUCAGUGCUCUGAAGAACUGUCCUCAUGGGUCUGGCUGGAAGCGGGAUGGCAGUUUUUGAAGUUAUUUUAUUUAAUAUUUUUCUGAUGUAUAAAUGAAAAGAACUCAACUUCCUAUGGGAGAUGCAACGUUAAAUCUACAAGUCAAUAAAUGAAUAAAUUGAACGAAUGGUAAGUUAUUGCUGUUAAUAUAUAUCUAUAUAUUUUUUCCAAUUGUGUACAAAAUGUGUAAGGGGUUUCUGGACAGUAGAGAUUUCUUCCUUAGUAUAUGACACAAGUAAUAUUUUUGGGGACUGAGAAUUUUGCCUUUUUUACAAAUAUUUUUAAGAUUUUAAAUGUGGUGGACAAUUGAGGUGAGUUAAUACAAUGGACCUUUCUAUCGUUCGGUUUUCCUCCAUAAAACCAGUCAUGAUUGUAUCUGUUUUGCAGAGAAGUGUUUUUUAUUAUAAUUAUCAAUAUUAUUUUUGCUGGAUCUACAAACAAAAGUCAUAUCUUUUUUUGGGGGGUAGGGGGCAGAUGUACUUUGCAACUGCUACAAUUCAAAUAGAAGAAUAUAUUUUUGUUAAAGAUUGUCCAAAAACCGAGAGGGUUGAAAGAAGGGCAAGUAUCUUCUUUUUUUUUCAGAUUUUGUUAGGGAUCUAAGUGAAACCCAAAAACAUUGCUGGGGAGGUGAGCAGGGGGUGGCUGAUCUCCCUCUAGGACUGUCCGUGAGCAUCUCUGGUCGUUGGACGCCCAGAUCUUCUACGCCAGGGUUUCCCCCCUCCCCGGUGCAUGUUUUGGUUUUUGCUCUAGCACUAAACGGCUGAUUCAAAUAACCAACUCAUCAUCAAGCUUUGAUUAUUUGAAGCAACUGAUGUGCUAGGGCAAAAACCAAAAUGUGCACCGGAGUUUGGGUAACCCUGUCCUACACUCCCCUUUACCCCUACACUUACAAACAGGACGAUGGAUGAGAAACUUACUACUGAUGUUGCCAGCUGAUUUGGAGGAUGGCUCCAUGUAGUGUGUAUACCCUCAUGAACUGAAACAUGAAGGGGAUAUGGGAAGGUGUGGAGGGCUUUCCUAGGAACUUUAGUCAACGAUGCUACCCUUCCCCUCUCAUCCUAGUCACAAGCCCCUCUUCUUCCCCUCCUCUCAUCCUAGUCACAAGCCCCUCUUCUUUUGCCCUGAACAUUGGGUUUAAUUUAAUGUUAUUACUGUACAAAAACUGGACAUGAAUGAAAUACUGUUUAAUAAAAUGAAAAUCAUACAUUUGCGCUGUACAGACUUUCAGACCUAUGGUGAGCAGAGACUCUUUUUUUUCUUUUUCUGAUGAUUUUCUCGAUUUGGUUUCCUAGCAACCUGGUCUCCUCCCAAACUAUGUAAAAGUAUUGAUUUCUGAAAGGUACAGUAUGGGGUGUAGGUCAUGAGCACCAAUGAGCCUUUGUAUAUAUUUUUUUUUUAACUGGGGAUAUUGCAACUUAACAUCUUGAUUGCUGUGAACACAUUCACAUGAACACAUGCACAAAACGUGAGAAGGCUUAUUACUGUGGUCAGAAAAUGAAUUGAUUAUUUGCCUCAUAUUAAAGAAUUACACAAGAUUUCACAAGUUCACUUAUUUUUCUCUAAAGGUUGAGAUUUGGGGGAGGGGAAAAACAAGUGGCAAUAUAUCUUGAGACUUAUUUUAUAAAAAAACAAGGAAAGCUUGUAUUUUAUAUAUAGAUAUUAUUUAAUUUUAUUUUUUUGAAAAUAAAACUUGAAGCUACAGGAAUUAAUAGAUUAAACUUUUUUGUAUUAAAGAUGUAAUGGUGAUGUAAACUGACACUGCGGUCAUUCACAGCCCUCUUUGGGGCUGUUUGAGUAUAUCAUGCCAUUUUGAUGAAAUGUACACUUGUAUACAUACUGAAUCACUGUACAAACCAUGGCAACUGAACAACUUUUGUUUUGCUUUUUCUUUCUGCCUAAAGAAACUGGAAUUAAGACUGUGUUUAGUGUUCAAAUGGAAUCUUUGACCACUUUUCUGUUAAAAUACUUUGGUGCUUGCUGAUAGGAAGCAAACAAAUAACUGUUGCUCCAUUUUCAUUAGUUUCUUAAGUUAUUUUGGUCUUUUUUUUGCCAAUUUAAUUGUACAAUAAAGUAUGUUUGUACCAUUGGAAAAAUA